AUGAUUCACAAAACAAAACCAAAAAAAAGCACCUGAAGACACGGGUUGUUGUGGUAGAGGUCUAACAAUAGCAGAGUCCAUGGCAAGAGCAAUGGUGAAAAUUCCGAUUUACCGACGCAAUUCAGAUGAGAUUGUUAAAUAUUCCGGCAGACAAGAAAGUCUUGCCGACUUGAUUUUCCGGUUUUUGGAAGAAGGCCAUGAGUUGUCGUCGGGUAGCUCUUGCAAUUCCAGCAAAAGUAGCAAUUAUGGUGGCGUAGACGACAUGGUUGUCGAUGAUGAUGAGCUGGUGGAUGAUAAUGUUAAAAGUGUUGAGGAGGACAAGGCUUUUUGGGAAUCCAAAGACCAACUUCUCCAGGCAACCUUGUGUAGGACAACUUCAAUUGAAACAAAAAUCAGGCAUGCCACAAAAGAAGCUCUGAGGGAAUUAAAUUUGGGCGGUAAUGAUUGUGCUUGUCCAAGACCAGUGGCCGAUGGUUGUCGGAAUUGCCUGCAAAGAAAAAUUUCUGACUGCCUUCGAACGGCUGGUUACAACUGUGCCGUUUGCAAAUCCAAGUGGAGGAGCUCACCAGAUAUCCCCAAAGGGGAGCACACUUAUUUGGAAGUGUUGGAUAGCUCUAACUCAAAGAAAAAGGAAGUUAGAGUGGUUAUUGAGUUGAAUUUUAGGGCCGAGUUUGAGAUGGCCAGAGCUAAUGAAGAAUACAAUCGAUUAACUAGUCGGUUGCCUGAUCUGUUUGUUGGUAAAGCUGAAAGGUUACAAGCCCUAAUUAAGAUAUUGUGUUCAUCAGCUAAGAAAUGCAUGAAAGAUAGAAAGAUGCACAUGGGGCCAUGGAGAAAGCACAAAUACAUGCAAGCUAAGUGGCUCAGCACAUGCGAGAGGAUAGUGCCACCAAUUCAACCGGCGGGAUUUUCAGGACAACUGCCUAAGCCUAGGGUCUCCGUGCUAACCUUCGACUUGGUAGAGAAUUUACCCAUUUUGCAAUGUACAGCAGUUAAUUGAAGUUGUGUGAUCACUGUGACCAAAAACAAGUUGUGUCCCAAUUGUUUUUAAGUUUUGUUUGCCUGGGAGGCAUUUGAGUGAAUAUUCUAAAGAGGGUUGCAGUCAAAGGUUUUUAGAGUAGUAUUGGAAGAUUAAUUUAUCGUUUAAGGCUAUGGAUGUAAAUACAAUUUAUAUGAUUAGGGUCCUCCAAGUGCCGAAUAACACCCUCCGAGAGGAGGUGAUACAUAAGUUAUGCUAGCUAAUAAAGAAAAAAGAUUGGGACCAUCUUUUUGGGAACCCCCACCACCCCAAUGCAUUGUAAUUGGUUAACUUUUUAUUUUUUUCUACCCUAUAUAUGUGUCUGUGGAAGUUGUGGGGAUAAAAAAAAAGGGGGGUUCUAUAUCAUUUCAGGCCAA